AUGUGCAAAGCCUUGAAAUAUCUGCAUGAGAAAUUACUAGUCCAUCGCGACGUAAAAGCUUCUAAUAUAAUGCUUUACGGUACAUACUUCAAGUUGGCAGAUUUUGGAACGAUGAUUGAUUUAAAUGUGCAACCUGAAAGCACAAAAAUCUCACGAAAGCCGAAGCCAACAACCAAAGAUGACGUAGUCACAAGAAAUCUCGCCAAAAUUAAACCUUCAUUCGACGUCCUUGAGUUAGGAUUAACAUUCGCGAGGUUGAUGACUGGAGUUCGCAGUCAAUAUAGUGACUACAGCGAAGUAAGAGAGUUGAAUGAACGAAAUUGGGCCUGUAAUGUUCGCAAACGGAAACUAGCUGGUGGGAAAGAGUAUCUCAGUAAAAGAGGCGAAAACAUGCCUGCAAAAAUGUUAAAGCCUCCUCGCAUGUGUCGCAUGAUAUGCGUUGAAAGAUUGCCAGAAUAUGAAAGACCAAAAAUCUUCAACUCAUACUGGACUGAGACAAACAUUUUAGAUGUUAAAAAGCAAUUGACCUCCUCAUGUGUCGACAUAUGUCGACCGUGA